AUGGACACGCCAUCUCUCGCCCCUGAUGGCCCUCCUCAGGCUCAUGACGCUGGCACCCUUCCCUCCACUGCCGCCCAAUACAGCAAUAACACACCAUCUCGUAUCGCACUUCCAUCCGUCUCUGCCGCCGCUACCGUGACAGCGUCUGCCUCCAACGGCAUUGCCCAUGGUGCUUCAAAGCCUCUACUGGCAGCAAACUCCAACGGAACCGCGCCGAGUUCUUCCCGCGACGGCUCUCCCGGUCGCCUCAUCCGAAAAGCUACCUCUUCCAGCCGGCUCUCCGGCAAUCGCCCUCGCAAAAAUAGCCAACAGGAAGUCAGUCCAACUCGCCCUUCUAGAUCCCAGAUACCGACACAUACGGCCGCCGCGCGCAGUCUCUCAACUUCUGCUACCCCCUCGCUACCCCCCACCCCCAGAGAAUCACAACAAGCUUCAACGCCAAAAAAGAACGGCCUUGCACUGGCUGAUUCGAGGGACAGCUCCCGAUGGCCUGUCUCCCCUCGGUUGCGAUCUCCACCGCCAAACUUGAAUAGGUCCGGCUCUGCGUCGCCAAAGCCCGAUCCAGAUCUACCCGCCAUCAAUAUUUUGCAGGCCAGUCCCGUUGUCAAGUCCAGUGACACCCAGCGUCCACCCGAAAGCGACACCGACGAAUCCAAGUCCGGCUCCGGCGUUCACACGCCUGUCCGCUCCCCUCUGGAAACUGUCCAAGAGGUCGCUACCCCCGUGGCAGAUCGUAGCAUCCUGGAUCACGUCAAGGAGAAGCUUGCUGCUCCUGAUACACAGUCGGAUAGUGCCUCAAGCGAUGGUGGCCGCACCGUCAGAGCCCGGUCGAACCACACCAUGGACAACUCCGUCGAGGGUGCCAACAAGGUCGAAAACCGAAGAACCACUUCCGUGCCCCCGCCGCCUGUCGCUCGUCAGUCUAGCUCGCUGUCGAUGAAGCAGGGCAAAGGCAAGACUGAGGGCUCCACCCAGAACAUGACGGUUGAGACAGAGACUGUGGCCAGCAUCCCCCAGGUGGCUCUAAACACGAGCUCAAAGGCCGAUGGCGCAAACGGCACCCUUAAGACCAAGCAAAGCACCGAAACCAUCAAACCGAAAAAGGAAAAGAAGAAGCCGGUCCGAAAACAACCGAAUGUUCACACCGGAACCUCUGCCUCCAAGGCGGACAAUUUUGAGGCAAAGAUAGCCAGCGCCGUUGACGAAGCCAACACGUCCGACUCGGAAGAAACGUUUGUUUAUGACUCGAACCCCCCUGAUGGCGGCGACCGCACUGUUCGCCGUUUCCACUCGCGCACCCCCAGUGCCACAUCCAAUGCCAGCCAACCCCCCGACCGCCAAAACGUUCGCUCCAUCUAUGGUGUUAUGGAAGGUGGCGGCCACCAUGGCCCCGUUCCCAAGAAGAGCAUGAAGUUUGUCAACACAUUUAACGGCUCUGGGACAGAAAGCUUGACUCCUGGGGAAGAAGACGGCAAGGCCUCUGGUCGCAGCGCCGGCGGUUCCGGUCGUGGAACCGCGAGACACCACCAUCACAUUGGCCGAUGGGGCCGUCAACCCAACAACAGCCAUCUGUCAAUAUUCGACAACGAUUCGCCCUUUGCCAACACGGUUAGGUCAAAGGGCCCUAAUGCUGGAUCUCGAAAUUCCUCGGGUCCGACAAGCCCACGCAAUCACCACUCACCUAGAGGCCAGCUCAGCUCCAAGCGCUCUGCCCUUCAAAUGUCGUCCAUUUACGACAUGGACGAGAAUACUGGCGCCGAUGACGAGCGAACCCCCCUUGUUGGAACCAAUCGCUACAGGUCCGGUCGCAACAGGCGCGGACCCCAUAAUCUCAGGCAGGCUGAGUCCCAGACAUAUACCCGACGAUCCUCGUAUCUGAACCGGUUCGCAGCGUGCCUCGUCCUUACCAUGAUGUUUCUCUUGGUGAUUACGGGUGCCAUUGGAUUCAUGUUUGCCACCUCCCAACCCAUGGCCGGUAUCGAAAUCGUCUCGAUUCAAAAUGUCGUUACGAGCGAGCAAGUCCUCAUGUUCGAUGUCUCGGUCAAGGCUCACAAUCCAAACAUUGUUCUGGUAACGGUUGACCACACCGAUUUGGAGAUUUUUGCCAAAUCAGACCACGCCGGUACAGAUCAGGACUGGUGGAAAAAGCCUGGAUCUGGAGAUGUGAUCGCACCUCAUGCCAUUCACGGAAAGAGCAACAAGCCCAGCGAAGGCGAGGACGCGGAUGCAGACAAUCGUCCUAAUAUCCUCUUGGGCCGCAUUACCGAACUCGACAGCCCGCUCAUGUUCGAAGGCUCCCUCUUUCACCAGGGCAGCUCUACCUCGACUGGAGAAAUGAAGCUACAGUCCCCAGGAAACGGCACAGCAGGAGGUGUCAAGAGAUGGGAUCGCAUCUAUCAAAACGAGUUUGAUCUCAUUAUUAAGGGCGUUUUGAAGUACACUCUGCCUCUUAGCGCCCGUGUCCGCAGUGCCACUGUUUCGGGACGCACGACGGUGAAGCCCAACUCAGCCAACGACCCCUCUCAUCGGCCUCCCAAUUCGACUGCGCUUGUCGCAUCAAACAAAUCAACGACCCGUUCUGUUAUAACAUGGACGCAAUGA